AUGGAAGAGUUCAACGUUGCCAUGGAAGAAGCAAACUUUGCAGGCAGAAUCCUCUCAAUCCCAGAGUUGCUGGAGUUGGUUCUCGUGAACCUCGAUCUAAAGACUCUUCUUGUCUCUGCAUCUCGCGUAUGUCGGUACUGGGCCGCGACAAUGGCAAGAUCGUCCAAGAUCCAGCAAGCGCUGUUCUUCCAACCUGUGCCUUCAACUGGGGUAAAAAGGCCCGAGUCCUUUACCCUCAACACUCUGUUGGUUGAGAAGUUUGGGAGAUGCUUCUUCGACAUCGAUCGUGAGUACGUAUCCCUUCGAAGAGCGGAUUCGUUUCUUCGUUUGCCCUGGUCUCCCAAGGGUCCGAAUGCAAAACGAGGAUCCGAGAAGAUCUUGAAGUUGGAAAAGACGGAUCGUCUUGAGAGUUUUACCAUGAGCGCCUCUAGCUGGCGGCGGAUGCUUGUAUCUCAACCGCCGCCGCCAUCUCUAGGAUACUUGCACCUCUACGACGUUCAAUUAGGGCUGUUCGAGCUUUCUACUACUCAGAUCUAUCCAAACUCGCCUCUGAAGGGUCUCACCAUGGGUCAGUUAUACAACAUGGUUCACAAAGCAACCAGCUAUCAAGAAGACAGCACUGUAUGGUACCGGGUGAUCUGGGACAAGGAAAACGGGGCGUACAGGACGAAUGAAUGCAAGAAACAGACAUCGCAGCUUCUGGAGAAGACGAAUGCGGUAGUCGAGGUUUAUGGUGAAGAUGAAGAGUAUUCUGACUAUGGGCCAUGGGAUAUUCGCAGUGUUUGGGAAGCCUUUAAAACCGAGGAUGGUAACAAGAGUCAGUUUGGAGAUUUCUCAAGGAUCGAGUUAGAUGAUACGGAGCUUUCUUCAUCGAAUCUCAAGAAGUCAAUUUAUUGGUAUACCAAGGAGGAUUGUUCAGCUGUUGAUGUGGAUGGUUGUGGAUAUGGUUAUGAUAGAUGGCCUCGAGAUAUCAAGAGGAGGGUUACAUUGAAGUCUUAA